AUGGCCGACGCCAUCCUUAGCCCGCGCGGGAAGCGCCCCGUCGUGGCGCCUGCGAAGCGCCAGGAAGACGUUGCCAAGGAGCUCGUCGAGCAAGAGAUCGAGCUGCUCGGCUGCGGCCGCUUCCACGUCCGCAUGGCCUGCGUUCUCGGCCUUGGCAACGCGGCCGACGCCGUCGAGAUCCUCUCGAUGGGCUACAUCCUCGGGUCCUACCCCGAGCCCAUGACGGGCUGGGAGUCGAGCCUCGUGUCGUCGUCUGUCUUUGUCGUACGAACUCUCGCCCCGUCCGUAUGA